UCCUCUACUGAAUUACACAGCAGAUAAGUGACUCAACUCAGCAGCACAGCACAGUCAAUGGAAAAUGUGGCUUGUCAAGGUCUUCAGUAUCAUAUAUUUCACUGCAUGUGCAGCUGAGGAUCCUCAACAUGUCUCCUCCACGUUCAGAUAUGUUUCUCCAACCAUUCCUAUGCCGAUGUCAACAGAGAUUUCAACUCCCUAUGAGCGUCCUGUACCAUCUCUGCAGCUACAUUCAGAGUGGUUUGAUGUGUUCCCUUCUGAGAAAGUGGAGUUAAGUUGUAAUGUCAAUGGCAACUCUGACUGGACCUUCACCUGGUACCAAAAUACACAACAAGUACAAGAUUCAGAUCCAAAUGUGUCUUUGUCUGUGGAGGGAUCAAAGCUUACAAUCACAGCAGCAACACAAACAUAUUCUGGAAGUUAUUCCUGUAAAGCUCAUCACAAAACAAAGGGAUUUACCACUGAAAGCAGUAAUUCAGUAAAACUCACAGUUCAUGCAAACAGGCCCAAACCCACUUUGACCCGAAGUUCAAACUUUGACCAGAUGUUCCCCGGAGAGUCUGUCACCUUCACAUGCAAGGUUGAUGUGUCCUCUGGAUGGGUUUAUCUUUGGUACUCUAAGGGAACAAAUGAAAUUCAAGCUCCUGAUAAUAAUACUUACACCAUAGAAUCUGUAGAUCAUUCGAACAGUGGACAAUACCACUGCAAAGCCAAGAGAGGCAAAGACCCCUUCUUCACAGAAGAGAGUGAUACAACAGCUCUGCAGGUCUCUGACCCACCUAAACCAUCUCUGAAACUGCUGAGUUCCUGGUCGGAUGUGUUUGAAAAUGAGACGGUGAAGUUUAGUUGUGGAGUCAACAGCCCUGACUGGACUUUCACCUGGUACAGAGAUCAAAAAGAGCUCCUUGAUGAGGUGGACAUUAUAGAUAUAAUGGACUCAUCUCUAAACAUCACCUUGGUCACUCUAGACCAUCAAGGAGUCUAUGCCUGCAAAGUUCACCUCAAUUCAAGGAGAGUCAGCUCUGAAUUCAGCAACACAGUCAGUGUCACAGUUUAUGAAAACAUACCAACUCCAACGGUGAACAAGGUUCCUGGUUUUAACCCGAUGUAUGUUGGAGAAACAGUGACCUUAAACUGCAAAGUAGAUGUGUCCUCUGGCUGGGAGUAUCAGUGGUACAAAUAUGGAAUUGAGCUCCCUUCCACCAACGAAACCAACAGCAUCUAUCUUGCUCUUUCUGAUCGGGGGAAAUAUUCGUGCAAGGCAACCAGAAGUGAAAUAAUAUUAACAGACUUCAGUGAGGAAAUACAACAAAAUGUACUUGAAAUUCCCAUUCCAUUGUUAAAGCUGAUCACACAGUGGUCCGAUGUGUUCCCCACUGAGAGUGUGAAGUUAACCUGCGGGAUGGAAGGCAGCCUUGGCUGGAUUUACACGUGGUACAAGCACGGACUGGAGGUCCAAGCUGAUGAUGUUGCGUCUGUUGACUCAAAUGGAGCUACUCUUUCCAUCCACUCUGCUUCAGCUGAACAUACAGGAGAAUAUAACUGCAAGGGACACCUGAGCGACAGGUCUGUCAGCAGCCACUUUAGCUCUGGACUUACUCUCAAUGUAUAUGAUGAGAAACCCAGAGUAACACUGACGCAAGAUCCAGAGUACAAGGUCAUGUUCCCUGGAGAGUCAGUCACCUUUAGCUGUCACAUUAAUGUCUCUUCUGGAUGGGAGUACCUGUGGCUCAAAGAUCGCGCUCUACUAAGCGAGUCUGGAAACAAGUAUUUAAUCAAAUCUCUUGAUACAACAAAAACAGGGUCAUAUGUUUGCCAAGCAAAAAGAGGCAGUGAUCAAGCCUUCUUCACUGACUCCAGCCAGGCUAUACUCCUUAAAGUUGAAGGAAACAAGCCUAAGCCCGUAGUGACUCAACAGCCAGAUGUUGAAAAGGUGUACACUGGAGAGUCAGUGUCCUUCGAAUGUAAAGUUGGACUCUCAUCUGGUUGGGGGUAUCACUGGUACAAAGACGAAACACCACUUUCGAUCAACGACAGUAGUUUAACCAUCCAUGACGCCAAUUCAUCAAACAGUGGGAUUUAUAAGUGUAAAGCCAUAAGAGACAAAACAAGCAAUACACAGCACAGUGAUGGACGCAUCUUACGUGUAUCAGAAAUCCCUGUUCCAUCUUUAAACUUAAGCACACCAUGGUUGGAUGUGUUCCCUACUGAGAGAGUGAAGUUAAUCUGUCGGAUGGACGGCACCACUGACUGGAAAUAUACGUGGUUCAAAGACAAACAGCCUGUUCAGGCAGAUAAUACUGCAUCCUUUGAUUUAGAUGCAGCUACUCUCUCCAUCAGUUCUGCUUCAGCCUCACGUCGUGGACAAUACAGCUGCUCAGGAAAACUCAAGAGCCGGUCUGUAAGCAGCAUCCUCAGUUCUGGGCUUACUCUGGAUGUUUAUGAUACAAAACCCAGAGUCACACUGGUGCAGGACCCUAAACACAAUGUGAUGCAUACCGAAGAUUCAGUCUCCUUUAGCUGUCACAUUAAUGUCUCUUCUGGAUGGGAGUACCUGUGGCUCAAAGAUGGUGUACCACUCGUCGAAUCUAGAAACAAUCACACCAUUAAAUCUGUUGUGAGAACAAACACUGGAUCAUAUCAAUGCCAGGCUAAAAGAAAAGGAGAUACAGUCUUCAGCUCAGACCAGAGUCAGGCAGUGAGACUUGACAUUGAGGAGCGCCCACAGACUGAUAUAAUCCUUUUAACUGGCUGGUCCGAGGUCUUCUCCACUGACAGCUUGGUGCUCAGGUGUAGGGUGCAAGAAAGUCAGGAUAUGUGGAACUUCACAUGGUUCAAAGAGGGGCAACCAAUCGAUCGUCCUCCCUCUGAGAAACAUGCAGUCACACCCCAGAAUGACCCUGAGCAGAGCCUGUACACCUGCCAGGGCAUUCGCACUGGUAGACCAUCUUAUUCAAGACGCAGUGAUUCUUUCAAGACUAAGAACCUUCUUUUGAAGAGGAGGGUGCUUCUUUCCAUCUCUGGCUGUAUCUUCUUUGGCAUCAUUGCGGUCUUCCUUGGAUGCAUUGUCCUCAGAGUCUUUCGCAAACCAGCGGAUGGUGAAGAGAGGCCAGAAGAGCCUGAGCUGUUUCUCACCAUGGCUCAGCUUAAGGACCGUGAUGAUGCACCCUGUCCACUGGUUCAGUACAUCACCGAUGGGGAACUGAAUGCUUCCUCUAAAGAAGCUGAAGAGGAUGUCACAAGUUGCAGUGAAACAACACCGUUACCAAUAACCUCACUUGCGGACCAAGAUGUGACCAAUGAGAGCGAAGAUGCCUCAGAAAAGAACGGUGGGCUGGUUUCCUUUAAAUAAUGAGUCACUUAAGCCUUUUUUGCACCAAU